CCUAACCUCGAAAUAAAAUUUUAACUGUUAAAUUGUUUACAUUUUCAUGGAUUCAUUUUAUGAUGCCCCACGUCGCCCUCCGCAACCUUUCGUUCGAGAAACGCUUACGGCCACUCCCUUGGUCCCAGAAAUAUCAGUAUUGGGUUCAUCAAACAUACCCAGAAAUGCCUUUACUCCAUACAAUCAAUGGAAAAUGCAACAAAACUCCACUCAGCAUCAUAUGGUAGGAGCAAAUAAAGAGAAUUUCAGUGGAAAUUCAUCAAAUGGAUCAAUUUUAAAGAAGCAAGUUAGAUUUGAAAGUCCUAAGCUUUAUUCCAUGCCUGCUAACGAUGGUAGAAUUAGAAAUGAUUAUAAUACUGUGAAACAGGGCGUGUUUUUAACUAAUCAACAAACAGAAAGUGAAAAACCAAUGCCUAAUUUUGAGCAAAUCUAUAUGGCUAACAUACCCAAUCGCAAAUUAGAUCUUAGUAUUAUUGAUUCACCUAAAAAGGCACCUGUGGUUGUGGAACAAAAUGACGCUGAAUUAAAUUCAAGAGAGUCUGACAAUAAAGCUGAAAUAAAAGAAGAUAUAAGACCAAAUUCUUAUAAGGAAUUUUUAGCACAGAGAGUCGAGCCUAAAAUUAUAUUAAAUGAUUCAGUAACAGAUAUUUUUAAUUAUAAAAGAGGUAAUGUUAAAUGUGCAAGUCCAAAAUUAGAGACCAAUCAUCAGUUUAAAAUGUAUAAUGAUAAAAUUCAGAAAAAUACUGAUAUACAGUCUAAAGAUGUCUUAAUUCAUCCAAAUAAAACAGAAAGAUUUGACAGUAGCAAUAAUAUUCCAGUUGAAAAGUUACAAAAUCCUCCUUAUAUACAUAGUAAUUUUGAAAAUAUACAGCUACAUAAAAAUAUAGUGCCCGAAAUCAAUUAUUAUUCAAGAUCAGUUCAAGAUAAUCCUGCAAUAUAUGAACCAAAUUCAAAUUACUCAAGACCAGUUCAACAUAUUUCUGUAAUUCAUGAGCCAAAUUUACACAGACAAACCCAUACCUCUAAUAUGCAAGAAUUUUAUAAAACUGAUCCCAGAUUACCUUAUAAUAAUCCACUUAGAAACUUAGAUCCACCAAGUUUGCCUCAAAAAUCUAAUUGUUGUUGUGGGGGAACGGCAAAUACAGAAAAUUUACCUGUAAAAACUGAGUCUGACGAUGAAGUUUCUGUAAAAGACCUCCUGAAAAUAAUAUCACAACAGAGUCAACAAAUCACUCAACAAAAUGAACAAUUAAUAUUACUUCAAAAGCAAAUUUCAACAUUGAUUUCUCGCGAUAAUGAAGGGAAUGUACAGAAAACUAAAAGUAUCGAGUUUAGUAAACCGAGAUAUUGCAUUGAUGAAGGUAUAAGGGAACGAGAAUUUGGUAAUGAAAGAAAUAAAGAUGAAAAAUAUAUAACCAGCACCCAACAUGAAGAAUUCAGGGAACCACAGAGAGAUAUGACUCCAAAAAAGAACAAGGUUUCUAAUUUUUCUAUUGGAGUUAUGACCAGCUUUGAAGUUUCAAUUAACAAUCCACAAAAUAGGAAUGGGAAAAAUAAAGUAGGAAGACAAGUUCUGGAACCUCCAAAAAUACAAGAAAUUACAGAAAUUGAGACAACAAACAGUGAUAAAGAUUUUGGUGAUGAAAACAAAUUUCCUAGUAAUUUCAGUGACAAUAAUAAAACUUUAGCGGAUGUAUCAAUGACAUUUAAAGAACCGAUUAAAGUAAGAGAAUCAUGUCCCAGUCCCGAACCAAGUAUAAAAAUUACAAUGAACGACUUUGAAGAUUCAGACAGUGAAGAUGAUUGUUCUUCAGAAAUAGCACCUAUGUUUUAUAAUAAUUUAAUGACCCAAGUAAACAAAAUACUUCAGAAAGCUCAAAUACAGACAAAAGAAGAAAUGUAUAACUUUCAAGAACAAAACGGUCAGCAUAUUGGUAAAAAACUAAAGAACGAAACUAUACAUAAAGUAAAAGAAGCAACGCUAAAUCAUUUGAGAAACAUUGGAGUGGAAGUACCCAAUUUGGACCAAAGUUCUAGCUGUUCUUCUGAUGAUACAGGGGACCAGUCAUACAACCAGGAAGAUAUAAGUUACACGGUGAAGCAACUUUUAAUGAAAUACUUGCCCGAUGAGUACUUAGCAAAAAUCAGUAAAAGAGCUAAUGCACAUCAAAACCCCGCAAUGUUAACGCCAAAGGAAAAAGUAGGUGCAAUAAAAAAUAGGCCGGAGUUUUCUUUCGCCACUGUACAGUACAUGAAGAAGUACAAUCUAAUUUCCAACGGGAAAAGAGAACACAGAUUCGGUCCAGAAACGCCCAAUAAAAUUUUGGACUUGACAAAGCUGAAACAGCAGCCAAAACUACUAUAAAUUUUAAAAGUUUAGAUUUUUAAGAGCGGACAAGUUAAAUAUAAAUCAGUUAUUUUAUAAAAUAAAUUAAU